UGAAAGAUGGGUGUUAAGCUCUAAGAGAAAUGUAAUUCAUUAAAUAAGAUUUGUGUUGAUCAUUAAAAAACAUUAAUCAAUAUCGGUGCGUCUUUUUGAAUCUGUUAUUGAAUCAUUUAAAAUAAUUGUGUAUAAUACAUUGACCAAUGUUACAAUGAUGCAAAAGUGCAUCAUGUAUGGCGACUUACGAAAAAUAUGCGCUAGCCAUACGCAGUUCGCCCCGCACGGGCUCUGCAUUCUGUCGGACUAAUGAUCAAUGGCUUUAUUUGAGAAGCGAUAUACAAAUAAAGUGCUGUUAGAUGAUACAGAAAAGCUGACGAGCGUCAUUGAAAAUGCAAGAACAAUCGACGGACAUACGGAAUAUGUGAUUAGAACACAAAGAGGUCCACUUUCUGAGAAAUUUUGGAGAGUUAGCAGACGCUAUAAUGACUUUGUUCAGCUUAAUGCAGCUUUAUCAAUAUCUGGUAUUGAUCUGGCAUUUCCUCCAAAGAAAAUCAUUGGUAAUAUGGAACCAGACUUUAUAGCUCAACGUCAAAUAGCCCUACAGAAUUAUUUAAACAAUAUACUAAUGAAUCCUAUAUUGGCUUCAUCACUUCCUAUGAAAAAAUUCUUAGAUCCAGAUAAUUAUACAGCACCAUUACAUGAAAUAGCUUUGCAACAGGUGUCAUUAGCUUUACGUAGCGAUGCAAAUUUUGAAGUUUGUAAAGCCAUUCCUGAUAUGGGAUGGCGGUUAAGAAAACAUUAUUAUACUGUAAAAAACCGUCAAAAUUCAAAACAAGAAUUAUUACUUGCAUGGGUAGAAUUUGGUCCAGAUAAACAUCUGCAAGAUAAAGACAUGCAAGGUGUUUUUAAAAGUUUAGGAACAUUAAAGCAUAAUUAUAUAGAACCAAUUGUUUAUCAACAUGUAACUGAAAAUGGAGCAUUAAUGAUAAGAAAUUUUUAUCCGAUGGGUACAUUACGUGACAUUUUGUGCGUAACUAAACCUAAACAACCAUUUAUAAAAAAGUAUGGAAAUCCAAAACAAACCAAAUCAUUAACAGUGCCUGAAAUUGCUAUGUAUGGUUACCAGAUUUUGGAAGCUUUAGGAUUUCUUCAUGAAAAAGGUUUACCAUAUGGACAUUUACAUACAGGAAAUAUUCUUUUAACACAAAAAUGUGCCAAGUUGUUGGAUAUAGAAAAUGGUCUUUUAGGUUUACCAGCAUUCUAUCGUCCUUAUGUUGUACAAAGGCGUAAACUUCAUGCCACAACUCAAGUAGAUAUUUAUUCUUUUGGACAUAUAUUAUAUGAAAUGGCAUUUGGAAGACCAUUGUUAGAAGCAACGUGUUCGGAAUUACCGUAUUGCGAUCUAACUUUAAAAAGUCUAUUAGAGGUGAUACUUUCACCAGAAGCCUUGAAACAGGAUUUACCAACAAUAUCACAUUUAUUAGAACACCCAUUCUUUGAAUCAGCAAAACAUAUUACAUUUGCUGUUGGAUCCAUAGAAAAACCACAUUUCAAAUUAAGUAGUCAUUUGAAAGAAGCUCUACAAGAAGCAGUAAACAAAGCAGAACAAAGACUAAAAGAAGAACAAAAAGUAGCGAGACAUCAAAAAAGACUUGUCAAAGUUCAAGAAAUGAUGAGUUCAGAGGAAGAAAUGAAAAAACGAAAACAGAAACUAAAGAAGGAACAAAAAUUAGCCCAAGAACAACGUUCUGCGAACCAAUUAAGUGCAAAUGGAAUAAAACAUGUAAAUGGUAAAAGUCCGGAACGUUCGGAUAGUCCUACUAGUACUUCUACAGCAACCAGUGUUGGAACUUUAACGCCUCCAUCACUGCGUUCUAUAGAUGUGCGACAAGGUGAUGGAGUUCCUGCAAAAAGUACUAUACCAGCACCUCCGUCACAGAUGCCUGCAACUAUUGAUGUGGCAAAUAAUGUCUCAAAAUUGACCAACGAACGAGCUGCUCUACUUGGAAGUAUUUGUAAUUUCAAUAAAACUAGUCUUCGUAAAGUUGCCAAUGAAUAUCAUUGAGAUAAAAGGAAAUAAUAGACACAAGAAUGAAAGAAAUAAGAGAAAUGAAUGAUCAUAUUAAUUUAUCAAAAGAGGAUAAUGUAUGAUCACAAUCUAUACCAAAAGGAUAUUAUUUUUUUCAUUGGAUCGUGAGAUUUUAUUUCGAUCGCGAUACUUGUGAAAUCUAUAUAAAUAAAUAAAUAAAUAAAUAAAUAUAUAUAUAUAUAUAUAUAUAUAUUUAAAUUCUAUACA